AUGACAUCAUCGAUAAAUGAUUUUUAUGAUGGAAAAAAUAUUCUUAUAUUUGGUUCAACAACAUUUCCUGGAAAAGUUUUAAUUGAAAAACUCUUACGUUCAUGUCCAAAUAUUAAUAAAAUUUAUUGUCCAAUACAAUUAAUAACAAAUAAAUCAAAACUUAAUAUAAAUCAACAUUUUUCACCAAUAGAUAUAUUUGCUGAAAUUUAUACAACAAAAUUAUUUGAUCGUGUACGAUAUAAUAAUAUUAAAUUUCAAGAAAAAAUUAUACCAUUUGAUAUUAAUUUAUUAUAUUCAUCAUUAGAUAAUGAAAUAAUUAAUUAUGAAAAUCAAGAAAUUUUAUCUUAUAAAAAUAUACAAAAUAUAAUUGAUAUUUGUUUUUAUAUGGCAAAUAAUUCAAUAGAUUUUAUAGAAGAAAAUCUUAAAGAAAUGAUUCAAACAAAUGUUAUUAAUCUUAAACAUAAUUUAAGUUUUUUAAAAACUUGUACAAAACUUAAAUCAAUUGUUUAUCUAUCAUCAAUCUAUGCAAAUAUUGAUUGUCCAUAUAUCGAUGAAUGUAUUUAUCCAUGUUCAAUAGAACCUGAUAAAUUAUUUGAUGCUCUUGAUUGGAUGGAUAAAGAAAUGAUUGCAUUAGCCACACCAAAACUUAUUGGAACAAAACCAAAUGCUUUUUCAUUUUCACAUUGGCUUGCUGAAACAAUUUUAUCUAAUGAACAAAAAAAUCUUCCAUCAAUGUCAAUUAUACGUGUAUCAAUAAUAGGUGCAUCAUGGAAAGAACCAUAUCCUGGUUGGGUUGAAAAAUCUAAUGGACCAAAUGAAUUUUUUGUUGCUGCUGGUCGUGGUUAUCUACGUUCAAUGAAAGGUGAUUCAAAUGAUGUACUCGAUAUUAUACCUGUUGAUAUUCCAGUUAAUUUAUCAAUAGUUGCUGGAUGGCAAAAAUAUUCUGAAAAUAAUAAUAAUAAUAUAACAAUAUAUAAUUGUACAUCAAGUGGUCUUAAUCCAUUUCAUUGGCAAGAAAUGAGUAAUUAUUUUAUUGAAUAUUCAAAACGUAUACCAUAUGAACAUGCAUUUCGUCGUCCAAAUUUAUCUGUAACAAAUCAUAGUUUAAUACAUGAUUCAUAUAGAUUUUUUUCACAUUUAAUACCAGCUUAUUUAGCUGAUAUUGGUUUAUGUUUAAUUGGACAUAAACCACAUAUUGUUAAUAUAUAUAAAAAUUUACAUCGUACAUUAAUUCAACUUGAAUCAUUUACAAUACGUGAAGAAAUACAAUGUUCAUAUGAUAAUUUAAAUUCAUUAAGACAAUUAAUAAUUGAAACAAAUAAUUUUAAUGAUUUUUAUUUUGAUAUACGUGCAUUACAUUGGCCAACAUAUAUUGAAUCAUAUUUAAUUGGUAUAAAACGUUAUAUAUUAAAUGAAAAUAUAAAUUGUUUAAAUCAUGCACAAAAACAUUUAAAUAAUUUAAGAAAUAUACGUUGGACAUUUAAUAUAAUAAUACUUAUACUUUUAUGGCGUAUAUUUAUAUCAAAAAGACCAACAGCAAGAAAUCUUUGGUAUUUUAUAAUAAAUUUUUUUGUUGCAAAAUUUGUUCGAUUCUUUAAAAUUCUUAGUGCAGGAAAUGCGUAA